AUGGACAGGAAAGAGCUCCCCAUACACAUCUCAUAUAGGCCAUCACAUGCUUCUCGUUGCCUCACUGUUAAGAAGGUAUGGAAUGAGAGCUAUGUUGCUUACACCUCGCUCGUCCGCCCCGGCAAAAUUUUCAAGGAGAUUGUCGCUGCGCAUGCAGACAGGUCGGGCGUUAGCCACUGCAUUACAUGGCGUUCUGCACUUCGCUGUAAACGUGUCAAUAUCAAUGGUGCUACAGCAUUUGGAGUUUCAGGAACUCCCGCUGACUGUGCCUCUUUAGGCAUCUCUGGGAAGCUCUUUGAUGGUUUGGUUCCUGAUUUGGUGCUUAGCGGAAUCAACAUUGGCAAUAAUUGUGGAUUACAUGUUGUAUAUUCUGGAACAGUUGCUGGUGCUAGGGAGGCAUUUAUAUAUGGGAUUCCUGCAUUAGCUAUGUCAUACAAUUGGUAUGCGAUGUUUCUUCUAAUAUAA